AUGGCACACACACUCCCACAAUUACCAUAUGCAUACAACGCACUUGAGCCAUUCAUCUGCGAGGAGAUUGUGAGUGGAUCUUUGACUCUAUUUGACGCUGCUGACGUGUGCGCUGUUUGCGCUGUAGAUGGUGAGAAGAGAGAAUUGGCGCAGAAGACACCAACUAACGGAAACAGACUAUCCACCACACCAAGCACCACCAGACGUGACUACGUUAACGCCCUCAACGGCGCAGAGAAGAGUCUCGCAGAAGCACAAUCUGCCAAAGACGUAAAGUCACAGAUCGCCCUUCAAGCAGCACUUAAGUUCAAUGGCGGUGGCCACAUCAACCACUCUCUCUUCUGGAAGAACCUCGCUCCAGCCAACUCGGCAGAAGCCAAGUACCCAGAAGGCUCAGCAUUCGCCAAGGCAGUUGAGCGCGACCUCGGCGGUUACGAAAACAUGAAGAAGGAAGUCACCGCCGCUACUGCUGGUAUCCAAGGCUCUGGCUGGGGAUGGCUCGCCCUCAACUCCAAGAAUAAGCGCAUCGAAGUGGUGACCACCGCAAACCAAGACCCUGUUACUCCCCCACACGUCCCACUCUUUGGUAUUGACAUCUGGGAACACGCUUUCUACCUCCAAUACAAGAACGUCAAGCCAGAUUACCUCAACGCCAUUUUCAACGUCAUUAACUGGGCUGAAACCGCUAAGCGCUUCGAUGAUGCUACCAAGUAA